UCAAGCUUUUACCCGUUUCGCAUUGGCUUGAUACAACUUUGCAUUGAAUUUGGCGACCCGACAUGAGUUCCAGCGCUUCGCCGACGCUGCCGCCGGAGCCCGCUGCUCCAGUGUACAUCAAUGCACUAAUGUUCAAUACGGUCGGUUACCUCUUCUCUGGGAUGCUCAUCUUUCUCAUGCAGCUCGGAUUUGCACUCCUCGAGGCGGGUGCCGUGCGGGCUGCCAAUGCAACAAACAUUACACUCAAGAACACGCUCAAUGCAGCGCUCGGAAUGGUGUGCUACUGGGUCAGUGGCUUUGGAUUGUCGUACGGCGGCGGCAACAAGUUUAUCGGCUCCUCGGCGUUCUUCCUCCUCGACCUGGAGUCGCUCGGGUUCACAGAGGCAUUUGCAUUUUGCCAGCUCAUGUUUGCUCUCACAUCCUCGACAAUCAUGUCGGGCUCUAUGGCCGAGCGAACAAACCUUGUAUCAUACUGCUUUGCAGUCAUUAUGCUGAUUCUAUUUGUCUAUCCCGUCGUGGUCCAUUGGUGCUGGUCUGAUUGGGGCUGGCUCAGCCAGAUGGGAUACAUUGAUCACGCUGGCAGCUCGGUCGUGCACGCGACUGGUGGGUGUGCAGCACUACUGGGCGCGCUGAUGGUUGGCCCGCGAAUUGGGCGCUUUGGCAGCUCUGGCCAGCCCAUGUCCUUGCCUGGGCAUUCUACGGUACUUGUCGCCCAAGGAGCCUUGCUCUUGUGGGUUGGCUUUUUCGCCUUCAACAUUUGCUCGGGCAAUGAUUUUACUCAAGCCACCAUUCUUGGACACAUUGCAAUCACCACGACACUCUCUGGAGCGUUCGCCGCGCUGGCUGUGCUUCUUGCUGUCAAGGCAAUGCAGCGAAGAUGGUCUUUGCUGAUUGCAUUGAAUGCCGUGUUGGCUGGGUUGGUCGCCAUUUGUUCCGGGUGUGCAACUGUGCCACACUGGGCGGCCGUCAUCAUCGGCGCCUUUGCCGGCCUUCAGCUCUUGUUAACGAGCCAUCUGAUGGUUCGGUUUAAAAUUGAUGAUCCUCUGGAUGCAAUCGCCGUUCAUCUCGGUGGCGGCAUCGUCGGCACCAUCGGCUCUGGCUUGUUUGCGCGCGAGGAGGGCUUGGUGUUCACGGGAGACUUCUCGCAGCUUGGCAUUCAAUUGCUUGGCAUUCUUUGUGUGUGCAGCUGGACUUGUGCCUGGAGCUUUCUCGUGUUCUUUGCCUUGCGACGAGCAGGAAUGCUACGAGUGUCCGAGAAAGCUGAACUUGAAGGCUUGGACGUUUAUACACACCGCGAGCCAUCCUAUCCAGAAUUUAUGGGGAUGCGACGCGAUCCCGACGAGCUUGCAAUGCGUCCGACGCUCUUCCCGCUUGCCGAGGCUCGCGAUUUGAAUGCAUAAGCCUGCGCUUUUAAUAAUGUUGUGUUGAUGUGUUUUUGAUUUCAGUGUGUAGCCUUUUGCAUGGCAUCGGCUAUUUCCAGUUCUGUUCAGUAUGAUUAAAUGUUUGAUUUUGAGC